CGAACAUGGCCCUAGCGGCUCGGGCCCUGUGGCCCUGUGGGCGCACCGUGGUCUGGAGGUUGGGCUGCCGCCCCGGGCCUGGGCUCUCGGCGCGGAGCCGGGCCGGUCUCGCGGGGGCGGCGGGCAACCCGGGCCCCGCCAUCACUGCCCGCAAAGGGAACCCACGUCUGCUGGGAGCGGCGGCGCUGGCCCUGGGGGGCGCCCUGGGGCUGUACCACACGGCCCGGUGGCACCUGCGCGCCCAGGACCUCCGUGCGGAGCACUCGGCUGCGCAGCUGUCCCUGUCGAGCCAGCUGCAGCUGACCCUGUACCAGUACAAGACGUGUCCCUUCUGCAGCAAGGUCCGUGCCUUCCUGGAUUUCCACGCCCUGCCCUACCAGGUGGUGGAGGUAAACCCUGUGCGCAGGGCCGAGAUCAAGUUCUCCUCCUACAGGAAGGUGCCCAUCUUGCUGGCCCAGGAAGGAGACUGCUUGCAACAACUGAAUGACUCCUCUGUCAUCAUCAGCGCCCUCAAGACCCACCUGGUGUCGGGGCAGUCCCUGGAGGAGAUCAUCACUUACUACCCACCCAUGAAGGCCAUAAACGACCAGGGCAAGGAGGUGACUGAGUUCUGCAACAAGUACUGGCUCAUGCUAGAUGAGAAGGAGGCCCAGCGGCUAUAUGGCGGGAAGGAGGCAAGGACGGAGGAGAUGAAGUGGCGGCAGUGGGCAGAUGACUGGCUGGUGCACCUGAUCUCCCCCAACGUGUACCGUACACCCACCGAGGCCCUGGCCUCCUUUGAUUACAUCGUCCAAGAGGGCAAGUUCGGGGCCGUGGAGGGCGCUGUGGCCAAGUAUGUGGGUGCAGCUGCCAUGUACUUCAUCAGCAAGCGACUCAAGAGCAGACACCACCUCCAGGAUGAUGUGCGUGAGGACCUCUACGAGGCCGCCAACAAGUGGGUGGCCGCAGUGGGCAAAGACCGGCCUUUCAUGGGGGGCCAGAAGCCUAACCUUGCUGACCUGGCGGUGUACGGUGUGCUGCGUGUAAUGGAGGGUCUGGAGGCCUUCAGUGACCUCAUGCGUCACACGCACAUUCAGCCCUGGUACCUGCGAGUGGAGAAGGCCAUCGCGGAGACCCUCCUAGUGCACUGAGUGUCCCCACCAGG